CUGGCAUCCAGGCACAACUCCCGCUUCCUAACACUGCUGCACAAUACAUAUAUACUCAGCAAGUAAUCAAAGAUGUCUGAGCGCAAGGCAGUCAUUAAAAACGCUGACAUGUCUGAGGAUAUGCAGCAGGAUGCGGUUGACUGCGCGACCCAGGCCUUAGAGAAGUACAACAUCGAGAAAGACAUCGCUGCUUUCAUAAAAAAGGAGUUUGACAAGAAAUACAAUCCAACGUGGCACUGCAUCGUUGGACGCAACUUUGGCUCGUAUGUAACACACGAGACGAAGCAUUUCAUCUACUUCUACCUCGGUCAGGUCGCGGUGCUCCUUUUCAAAUCUGGAUAGACAGUCAUCCGAGAUUUUGAUCGAAAAACUGGUGAAUACGCAAAAAUACUUCAGAACUUUAACAGAAGCGCAGAGGUGUCUAUCAUCGCAUUAUAAGUUGUGAUUCGUUGUGUGACAAUCAAACUAUCCUUAAAGCACAAACUUUCGUCUGUCCAAUUUGUUGCCAUCGGCUCGUCUGCAGCGAACAUAUUCGUAUUCACCGUGCUUGCUGUCGAAAACGCCCUUUUGCACACUCAAGAGUUUGAGAGUGAACCUGGGUCCAAGUUCCUGCAAUCUUGCCCGAAAAUUCGAACCAUCUCCCGAGCACGAGCUUCUGCCACUUGUUAUCCUUUCGGGCGCAUCCUGUAUCUCGGGGUUCCUGGCAACAGCCUCUAUUGGUUUCCUUCCUUCUGGUGAACCCUGGGCGUACUCGACUGAUUUAGUUGAGUUAUCCGACUCGCGCUGGUCAUACUGACGUAUCCCCUUGCGUAAUUCAAAGAUGUAGCGGUGAUGACGAAAGAAGAUAAAGUCACGCUGGUUGUGAAACGUUACGACUCGUCUCCCCUGCAAUUCUGGUCUUUGAGGGAAAACCGACAUGAGCAUUCGCCCAAUUCUAUGACCUAGACGGGUUGAGAAGUUAUUCAAGAUGAGCUCUGGAUGAUGUUUUGUUGCGCGGCCGUGGUUGCGGAUUGUUUUUGUCAGAGCAAGCGAGCUCAGACGAUAUAGACAAGAUGGACCAACCGGUAGAUGCACGUGAAGCAACCCAUUGACUUUCGCUCCUCGACCAAACUUCCGGUUCUCGUUGAAGACAAGAAGGUCAGUGAAACCUCUUGCCACCGCGUGCUUGAUCACCUCUUGCACAUGAUAUGCCCGGCGGGCAUGAUAAUAAACAUUGGGUACUACCGAGAAGAUAUUCUCUAGGAAGCGAAACAUUUCUCCGGAAGGCUUUCGGCUCGUGGUGAUCAUGACUUUUUGGGAGGUGACAUCGCUGAAGUGCUUGGCAAACUCAUCGUGUGCGAGUUCCUCAACAACUUCCUCGUCUAUAUCCUUGACGUGUGUCUCGUCUCUGACUCGUUGAUUUUCUAUCGUCUUUGGUACUUGACGGGGAGCCGUGGCAAGUUUUGGGGUCAACGUAUUGUUUGCCUCUAUCCGUCGAGCUUUGCGAGCGACGCGUUUCUCCUGUUGCCGAAGUUUCCCGGGACCUGAAAGUGCGGCGUGGUUUGGUAUUCUGCCGUUCAUAUUGACAGGAAAUCUCUGCGAGCUGUCGGAGCGCUGCUGACGCCCAUCAGUCGUAUUGCUGAGCCACUCUGCGUCCCUUGUCGCAUGUUCUGUGCUUCUUGCGCCCAUACGAAACAGCCAGGACGUGGCGACGUGCAGGAAUCUGUUCAGGUUUUUCUUGACAUCCACGAUUAUGUUGUCUGGUGGGCACCUCCGUCCCAACUUGUACUGCCUUGCCUACACAGCGCAAUUUGUGAAGUUUCAUGACUGUUUGCUUUAUAGGUUGCGGAUCUCGCCCGAAAACAAAUUAGACUAUAACGAAAGACAUAUAUAUAUGACUGAUGCAGUACAACUG